AGUGUGGAUAUCCCUCGAAUUCAAAUAAAAAGGAGACGCUCGGACACGUUGAUCAUUCGUGGAUCGCCAUCUCUGCCUAUUAGCUGUGCUUUCGAGAUACAGGCGACGCGCUUUUCCAAUCUAUAUACUGUACAUCCUUCACGAUGAGUCUUACCAUUUGGGCUUUAGGCUUGAUUUGCCUGGUGGGUUUUGUGCAUCCGUACACACUCCGUGGUUACAAAAGUGGCAACAACUCCCUGCCAACUAUAUCAAUCGUCGGCGGAACCCCCGCUAGCGCUGGUGAAUUUCCUAACUUGGCCAGUCUUGAUUUGAAUGGAGGUGGUUGCGGUGGGACUUUGAUUGGAGAAUUGCAUGUCUUGACAGCGGCUCAUUGUCUACAAGGUUCUCCCGAUGUUUCCGCCUUCACUGUGCAUCUAAAUACGUUGUCAGUGGGCGGUGGAGGGGAGGGAUCCAUUACCAGAGGAGUGUCGUCCAUUGUUAUUCACGAAGCUUAUGACGGCAGCACUAUGAAUAAUGACAUCGCAUUGCUGGUUUUGAGUGAACCGGUGACAACUAUCAGUUUUGUCACUCUUCCGCAAGACGAAGACACGACAACCGAAGUCCCGACGGGAGAACCGCCAACGGAACCGCCAACGGAGCCGCCAACGGAGCCACCAACGGAGCCGCCAACCGAGCCGCCAACCGAACCGCCAACCGAACCGCCAACCGAACCGCCAACCGAACCCACAACUACCACAAAACCUACUACUACUAGAAAACCGACAACCACAAAACCGACAACCAAAAAACCGACAACCAAAAAACCGACAACCAAAAAACCGACAACCAAAAAGCCAACCACGAAAAAACCAACUACUAAAAAACCAACAACUAAAAAACCGACAACCAAAAAACCGACAACUAAAAAACCGAUGACCACAAAAAAACCAGCAACUACCAAAAAGCCAACAACAACAAAACCGAAAACUACCAAGAAACCAACGGUGAAAACAACAACCAAACCUAGAACCACCAGAAGACCAGCCUUGAGAGCUUUCCCUGAUUACGCCAACGCAGCAGCCGUCAUUGCUGGAUGGGGAACAACCUCUUCGGGUGGAAGCGGGUCAAGCGAAUUGCUGAAGGCUGACGUCACUGUUCUAGAGAACACGGUUUGCGCCGGUCAGUACUCAAAUUUCAAUGGCGAUACUAUGUUGUGUGCCGCCGGACCGGGUACAGACACUUGCCAGGGUGACAGUGGCGGUCCGAUUUACGUUAACGGCGUUCAAGUCGGUAUCACAUCCUUCGGCAAUGGUUGUGCUGAUCCUGAUUUUGCCGGUGUUUAUACACGAGUUAGCACUUACAUUGGCUGGAUUGCUAACGCUCAAGCAAAUAACAGUGGCUGAAUAUUUGACGGGUUUUUACCAAAACCUCUCUAAGGUACAGGUUCUCUAAGGUUUCACCGUUCAAGUGCAACUGAACUUGUUUUUGAAAACCUUUUUUGUCUUUUCACGUAGUAGCCACAUUCAACCUGUUUUCAAAAUAUCCCCCCAAAUACAUAUUCUAGUAUUUAGUUUGAUUAUACGCACGUGUGAUUGAAAAAAAAGCAUUAUGUUGACAAAAUAAAUUCUUUAUUGAGCAAGAA